GAAAAAUAAGCUCUACAACUACUACAUGAUGACACGUCCACCUUCCUACAACCAGCAGCUGGCCCUUGCCCGCGCUCCCGCACCCGCCCCUGGCGUCGUACAGAACGCUCGGGGUCGUGGAUUUGUUGUUGCGGCGACGCUUUUACGAUUGAAACUGCUGUGCUUGGCGGUCUUGUGGCACCAGCUAUUGUACAAGAACGACGAGCGAGAGAACAACUACGGUGGCCUUUUCAGGUCUAUCUGUCGGGUUUCACAAGAAGAUGACACGACUACGGGAGCAGACCUGCGUUGUGGUGAAUCAUCCCCUGACCACGAGAAGAACAACAUCUUCAACCAGCACACGACACCAGGUAGCACAGCUACUAGUAAUAUUUUCGUUGCCGCCUUCAAGUUCAGCGUGAAGAACCGGCACGAGCACCGCGAACUGCGCAGGACAAGCGAACAGCGCGAAAAAUUGUCAUCAAAUGCCAGGAAGAUACAACUUGGACAAGACCGAAGAAAAAACAGGAAGGCGAAGGCGGUCGGUGGAACAACCGAUGCUAGGAAGGAUAAGGAGGUAGAUGCUUCCACAGGUCGAGAGUGGCCGGUGGUCCAUGAAGAUGAAACUACAAGUAGAAACGUGGAUCAUGCUGUUGAAGUAGAAGCUCCAAAAGCCAAUAAGGAGUCGGACGACGUCGAAGACCAGCUUGUCGUGGUAGAUGUUGGGUCAACAUCUGCGAAGAUGACCGGCAGCGGUGAGAGGGUGAAUGUCACAAUGGAACUACGUGCGUCAACUUCUGGGGCACCAGCAGUGAAUAUCUCUGGUGAACAAGAGGACGAGUCAGAAUCUUCGUCCUCUUUUCUCAACAUCGAAGUAGAUGAGAGAAGAAACCAACGGAUGGGGAUGUUGAAAAUUGCUACAGAAGAGAGCAGUGGCGCGAGGUCAAAAGUAGCUGAACGUGGCAAAAAACGCGCAGGAACAGCGGCUACAACAGCUUCCAAAAUUCAAUCAAGACUUUAUUUUACGAGUGCAACAGCACGAUCACGAAGAACCACAACCGCUCCUGGCAUCAUCACCAACGAAGCUGAUCUUUGCCCCCCCUCCUCCUGGGAAAUUCACGACAAUACGAAUUUCCAACUCUCCGCUCUCUGCCGCAUUGAUUUGAACAAGGAAACAUCUUCGGAAGAUGUGAACGCCACCUCCGUGAAGAUUCCGGAAGCCGAUUACGCCAGUGCGGGCUUCAACAGCAAUGGAGACGCGAGCGCGAUGGCGCAGAUCUGUGUCGAGGCCUACGAAGCUGCAAACGAGAUCCGGGGCAAGUUGCUGGCGAUACAAGGAAAAAUAACGACGCACGGCUUCGCUUCUGUCACUACUGACGACAAGCUAACAGAGGAGCAAGAUGGGUACCUUAGAAAAUACGUGACACACGUGCUAGAUGUGGAGGAACAGACGAACAGGAUCAACAAUGAAAAUUUCCUCUGGAUGUGCAAGAUGAUCUGCGAUUUGACACCCGCGUGCGUCGCCUUCACCUACACAGCAGCAGCAGCAGCGGUUCCUUCGGGAGAAGAAGAGCAAGGAGGUUCUUCUGGAGGUUCAGCCCCCGAACAAAACCAAAACCACUCGGAGUUUCUGUGUAUUCCGAAGAUUGAAAACCCGACUUCGCAGGCUGGUUUGGGCACGGACGUUUUCAGUCUGCAGAACAAGUGGACGCACACGGCGAAAGAACAGCCUGUUUUGCACCACUAUUCCGGAAUCUGCAAAACCCGCGUGACGGAAACGACGUACGAUUGGCGAGUGGGCGACUGUCAGGACUGGAUGGGGAAGGACAAAGCCGACUACGCUUUUGGGGAUUUAUGCGAGAUCAACUUGAGUCCGGGUAUUGUGGAAAACGCAACCGAAAUGGCAGGAAUUGUAUCCACAGUAAAUUUCCUGUACACGUACAAGUGCAGUCUCUGCAUGACAAAACUUGCCUUCGAUCCUAGUGUAGCAUGACAAGUUCGACACUGCAAGUUAGCGAAAUUUGUCAUGCAUUUUGUACAUGUGCAGGAAAUUUACGUUGCAUAAAUUGCUGCUGAAAAUUAUAACGUGAAUGUGAUGGGGGUAGACGGGACCAUGAAUGAAGCAGAGGUGUCAGCCGCAGGGCAGAAGUGCAAAGCCGCCGUUGACUGGAUAAAUGUGAAUUUGCGCGGUCCGUUGGAAGACGGUUCGCUGGCGGAAGACAGGAUAGACUUUCUGAAACAGUUCUACACAAGAGCGGCCGCUUUGCCACUUCCGAAGUUGCAGCAGGACGUUGCCUCGGACGAGUCCGACGAAGCGCCAGAAAAUUUAAAAGUGGAAUUCGGUUGGGUGUGCAAAAUGAUCUGCGACUUCCUCGGCGACGAUUGUGUGAUGUACAGCUAUGGCUCGCAACAUUACAGCAUGAGGCACGUCAACCCAGAAGUACCCCUGCCCUACCACUGCUGGCCGAAGGCCGCGAACAACAAAAAGGGGUCUAUCGACGAGGUCGACAACGGCAACGGCUUGUUCUACUCCAACGUGUGCGCAACGAGAGCGGCGAAAGCGGCCUGUCUGAAGGCAGAGGGAGCCGCGGUGGCGGGCAUCACGCCGGAGGUGUGUGAGAAGGUGGAGAGCGGGGUGAUUACCGGGGUGAUUGCGCGACGAGUCAGCGACCACUAUGGGUUUGUGAACACGGAAACGCUCAAAACCGGCACCAAUGCCAUCACCCCCGAUCUCCGCGGCAUCUCCGUGGCUGCGGACGCCGUCCAAGUGCGUCCCAUGGAAUGCGGAAUACGUGGGUGUCAGCAUCGAAAUCGACAAAGUUGAAAUAAUAUGUGAUGCAUAAAACGGAUAUCAGUUGGCCCCAAGGUUUCAAGUUGCGCAUGACAAAUUCGGGUAGAGCCGAAAUCCAGUUUGUAAUGCUGUUCGGGUAAGGAAGACGCCUCUGUCAUGCUACUUUAGCAGCUCUACUUCUACCCCUCAACAGGCUUACAAUCUGCCUCCCUUGCCUACUCUGCAAGACAGGCAUUUUGUGGAUUUCAUUUUAUGCAUCACAGACUGAAACUAUUUCAACUUUGACGAUUUCAGUCCCUCCGCUUCCAUACGGAAUGGAGUGUCCGAACGCAGACACGACGGCGUUCUGUCCGGAGAAGUGCAAGCCGGCGGAUGAGAACUACAUGGGGGGAUGCUGCAUGUGGAGCAAUUUCACCACCGUAGACCCGCUGGGGCAGUUUUCCGGACCACAAGAGUGCGAAGUUCUCAACUUCCUGACUGUGUGGGAGAAGAGGACGGACUAUUUGGUGGGGUCGUUUCUGAAGGAGAUCGGGAGGAAAACGCUAAACGGAUCCAUCACUGCGAAUGACUACUACAAAUCGUGCGUCAUCAUGCCGGUGUGGCUCGAGGACUACAUGGAGGCGAACUGCAGCGGAACGGAAAGUUGCGGCAACUCCACGACCGGCGUCUGCAACGAGUAUUGCAAUCCGCCCGCAACGGAGGCUAUAUUGCAAAAGCCGGGGUACACCUGGGACGAGAGUAGCGGAAAGGUGCUCGACCCAGAAGGCAUUCCGGCGGACAUUGGCUGUUGCAAGAAAGGCGAAAACUACACGACCACAGGGGCAACUUCGGAGGACGAUGGAAAUGCUACUACUAGCACCAGCGUCUGCAGCCGGGCGGUCGGGUUGCGCGCGGAGGAUAUCUCGGAUCCGGCGUUUUGGAAGCACGAGUGUGUGUACGUUACGUCUGAAACGACGACCACAACGCUGCAGGAAGACGAAACCGGCGGAACGGAGAACAUUUUGAUUUCCUGCCCCGACUGCAGUGUUCACAAUCGCACACAGGAAUGCGAGACGCCCUGCUUCGAGGGAGCGAGUGGCGGCUGGGAGACGGAUCCGGAUUCCGUGCCCAGGUUCUGCAACGAUCAUUGCUUGAUUACCGAACAACCCGCGGACAAUAAUUACAUCGGCGGUUGCUGCAAGUACGAAGUUACUAACAGCGCCGACAGUAGUGGUACUGUAACUAUUACACCGGAAUUCGGGUUUUCCGGCCCCCGGCGCGAGUGCUUGGUGCUGAACAAAAUCAGCAACCUGCCAGCGGAUAAUUUUUUGUCGAAGAAAUACAAAACCGAAAUCACCUCAUCCCCGACCACCUUCGAGCCCUACCACUCCUGCGUCGCGAUCCCGGCUUGGGUGCAAGAACCGAGCUGUAAGGGAGCCUGUGGUGACAAACAGGGUUUGUGCGAAGACCAUUGUGGUACGAAGCACGGGGGAACUGCGGCGAAUGACGGGAAAGUCGCUGCGUGUUGUAAAAAGAACGACGAAAAUGCGGAGGAGUUGUGCGCGCAGGCACAGGCGUUUCCGUACGCAGAUUUGAUCACGGACGCAACCCUCUACGAGUACGAAUGCGUUUGGGUUACGGAGCAGGACAAGCACAUCAUUGGCAACGACGACACCCCAACUACAACGAUCCCAGGGAAUAUCACUGGGCAAGGUCAAAGCGGCGAAACUCUGCUCGACGACGGCAAAAACACCACAAGUGAAGCGGACGAAGGAACGAUCGCGGGGGUUCCAUCGAUGCUGUUUUAUAUCAUCUGUGGCGGAGCGGUUCUGUUGAUAGUGUUGAUUGCCUUGAUCAUUUAUUGUCUAACUUGUGCAGGAGGAGAAAAGGACGAGGAGAAGAAAGAACCUACGUCAAAAGCCUCAAAGAUAAACGCUUCGGGAACGGCGGCACGCGGCUCGGCUGCGGAGAAGAAAUCAAUGAAGAAGUCCGAGAUCCGGACGAGCCAGGGCGGCGAAGUCGACAAAGCGGUGAAAGUGGAUUUGGUAUGCACUGGUGCAGCAAAAGUCCUUCGAAUUAGUGCGAGUCGAAAUUAUGCACUGCAUCAGUCUCAAUCUUUUCCGAAGGAAACGUGAAGUUUCUUGAGUUUGUCUUGGGAAAUAUGCCACUGAAUCAGGUACGACUAGAAGGCCAUAAUUUAUUUUGUCAUGCAAGAUUGCAUUUUUGUCAUGCAAGAUUGCAAUUAUACGGCCACUAUGGGAAGAUGCUUUUGCGCACUACACGUUGGCUCUCACGACUUCGACCACGGUAGUUCGCAUGGGGCGGUGGACGUGCACGCCUACAAGAAGAAGGGUAUGGGACAACUCUCAAGCAUUAUAUUCUCAACUGUUGCAUGGAUUUGCCAUGCAAAAUUGCCACCAGGAGCAGUAUCUACAUGAUCAAGCUGCUGCGCAUGACAAGUUCUCGACGCGCUAGAUAGCAUUUUUACAACUAGAAUAUUCUGUGCCAAACCUGUAAUGCAAGAGGUGCAAAAAUCUUCGUCUUCCCCCUUUCAGUUUCAUUUCUGCCAUUCUUGCAUCUCAAAUUCGUGCUGUAACAUUUGAGAAUGUAACAUUUGAGAACUUCAUAAUGGGCGCGGAGAAGUUGCAGAGCCAGGACGGCCACGGUCACGAGGGGGACGGCCACGCAGGAGACAGCGGUGCUACCCAACCGGGCGAAGAACAAGGCGAGGUAAUUAUUUCCGCCGACACAGCACACAUAACCUCCUCUCAGAAAACGGACGCAACCGGCGCAAGUUCAAUACCGGCCGGCAGCGCUGCGUCUGCUCUCAGCUCCGUCAACACGGAGGCGAGCAGCAAAAAGGGCAAGUCCACGAAAAUCAAGUCGGAUCUCAGUCACGCAACGGACGUCAGCGACGUAUCGCAUGACACCUCCGGGGGUACUUCUAACGUGUCCUCGCCUACUAGCACUGAGAAAGAGCAGUCAGAUCAAACGAACAAACACUCGGAUGGCGAAGCGGCGAAAAAGAAGAAGAAAAAAAAGGACGCAGCAACCUCCGGAGAAAAGAAGUUGAAAAAGAAAACUACAGGUGAGAAGAAAAAAACUGGGGCUACUAGCAGUCACAAGAAGAAAGGAACAGCAAGUAAGAAGAAAGGAGCUGGAGCUGCACCAGCGCCAGCAGGGUUUGGAAGCGUCAGGAUUGAAACCGUCAAAGUUGAAAUAAUCUGUAAUGCAAAAAAGCGAUACCAGCUGGACCUGGAGCCCAGUUUGCAAGUGGCGCAUGACAAAUUUUGGCAGCAUGGAAAUGCAAUUUGUCAUGCUGUUUGAGCAGAGAAGACUGCUUUUUCCAUGCUAUUUUAGCAGCCCUAUCUCACACCCGAAACACGCUUAUAAUCGGCCUCAGUUGCCUGCUCUGCAAGACAGGUACUUUGCGUCUAGUAUUUUAUGCAUUACAAGUUAUUUCAACUUUGACGAUUUCCAUCCUGACGCUUCCAUACAGGGGAGGGGGAAUCUACGGAUACCAGCUUUGAGGAGGAAGCCGGGGAUGACGAGGAAGAGAAUAACCUCCUGAUGGCGUCGCGGCAUCUAUGCACUACAAAUUAAUUAUUUCCCGUACACCACGUACGAACAAAUGCAUGACAGAUUGCAAGCGGGGGCCGACACUUGUUGUGCUUGUCAUGUUAAAAAAAACCGGUCCAUGGCGGAAUUCUCAUGCAAGAACACGAGCUAUUGCUGUGCGCGAACGUGUACUAGGGAUAAGUUCACUGUUCAUAUCGUGGUCCGCAAAGAUCAUUACACGACCGGCGUCAAAACAUCGAGACCGUGCGCCCGUUGGAAAAUUUCGCAGCGGGAGGUAUCAUGAGCAAGAAGGGAUCAAGUGGAGUGUGAGAGCUAAAUGGGGCGGCAGACCUCGUCCUGGUGUGGUUUCGUAACCUACAAAUUUCAAACCUUUUUAUCUUGCUCAACUUCUUGAUCUUGUCGUUUUCAUUCAUUUCAUCGUGACCAGAAAUUCCAAUCUAAAUUUGCAAUUUGUCGAGAUGUAUGCCUUUUGAGAUUUUUUGUUUGGACAUCAGCAUGAGAGCCAAAAGUGAUAUUAGGCUUCAUCUUGUUAAAGUUAAUCAUCGACGUUUUUGUAUUGCAUUGAUUUAUUUUGAAGACAUUUUUACUCGUGAAUAGCAUAUGACAAAGAAAGUUCUCUACCUCGCCAGCCUUCCUGGCUGUUGCAGGUAGUUGAUUGAAGUAAGGUUUUAUUGCAAUUUUAUCCUGAUACCUGAAAAAUUAUCUGAUGGAGCAUUUAUUUGUUGACAAUUCGAAGUUUUCAUCCAUGACGCAUUGUUAUUAGUCAUUGAGAUUGAUGCCUUAGUCGCAUCUCAUCUAUACAAAAUGAAAAUCAAAAUUGUACAAUAUCCGAAAGAAAAUUUCCAGAACCUGUACACAAUUUUGAGUAGACUUUUGAAAACGAAAUAUCGGAAACAGCUCGAAGCUUAUUGUUAU